AUGGCUCAGCUCAAGACAGACUUUCCGCCAAUCCGGGCUUGCAUUUGCGAUAUGGACGGGCUUCUCAUUAACUCGGAAGAUAUAAUCACUCAGUCUACGAAUCAGCUUCAAAAGUACUCGAGGCCUACUCUGACUCUGUCCGUUCGGGCCCAGCUCAUGGGUAUUCCAGAUUCGACAAAUGGUGAAGUAUUCCACAACUGGGCAAAGCUGCCUAUCUCUCGCGAACAAUUCGCUCGUGAAUCGAAGGAACAGAUGCACAUGCUUUUUCUAAGCUGUGAGCCGCUACCUGGUGCGGAGAAGCUGUUGUCCAACCUCAGUCGUGCACGCAGUGCUUCCCCUGGCGACAGGAUCGAACUGCCAUUGGCAUCUAGCACGAAGAGUCACAGUUUGAGUUGA